AUGAAUAAGGAAGAGGUGAAGUUGAAUCUAAGUGGUGGUGAUGCCCGGGCAAUGGUUGAUUACUUUAACAAGUUGACAGCUGAUAAUCAGAACUUCUUCCACAUGGAAAGGUACGCGGAAGGAGGUGGUCUUCAAGACAUAGUUUGGGUUGAUGCGAGGAGUAGGGCAACGUGCAAAGAGUUUGGAGACGAUCCUGCAAUGAGGAGAGCAUUGAAGGAGACCAAGAAAGAUACAACACAUAGGUGGUGUUUGUGGCAUAUUCUCAAAAAGUUCCCCAAAUACUUGAAUAAGCAUGAGAACUAUGAAGAUUUGAAGGCUGAGCUUGAGAAUGUAAUAUAUAACAGCAAUGAUCCCGUUACAUUUGAAAUGGCUUGGAAUGAUGUUAUUGUUCACUACGUCGUCAAAUAUAAUUCUGCUUACAAAUGGUUGGAAGUGUAUACGAAAGAUGUUUUUUGGGCUGGCACGCGGACCAUCCAACGUUCUGAGAGCUAUAAUCAUUUCCUCAAAGGAUAUGUGGAUCGCAACACAUACCUUUACCAGUUUGUGCAGAGUUAUCUUAAGGCCAUGGCGAAAAAGGCCAUGGAUGAACACUCAACAUAUAGGAGUGAUCAACGGUUUAUUAGGCAGCUUGCAACCGUGUUCCAUGUUGAGACAUUGUUCCGAAAGAUCUACACAGAUCGUGCGUAUUCGUUGGUGCAAGAGGAGGUCCGAAAGAUCUGUUACAAGACGGUUACAGUUUCCAGAACCAUCACAUGUGAUAGUGGUACUAUAAUUGAGUAUAUUUUUUAUGACCGGAAGUGGAUUAAACCAAAGAAUUCAAGGGCUGCUGAAAUACUGACUGAGAAUCGAGUGCAAUACGUGGUAACAUAUCACUCCUCAACCCAUGAAGCAUAUUGCCAAUGCAAGGGGUUUGAAUGUAAGGGUAUAUUGUGUAGGCACGUUAUUAAGGUGUAUGACAUGAAGGGUGUUCGUGAAGAUAUAAUUCCCGAGAAAUUUAUUUUGCAGAGAUGGUGGAAGGACAUACCAAGGAAGAUUAUAAGGGUCAAGGUUUCGUAUCAUGAUCCGUCUAAGACGGAGGAUGUAAUUAAAUAUGACUCCAUGAUGCGAAAGUUGGAGUCAAUCUGCUCAAAAGCAUCAUCGUACCAGGAAAGUAUGUCAGUUGUGACAGUAAUGAUGAGUUUAAUGGAUAUCCGGGUUGACGAGGUAAUCGUAAUGGUGAACCAAAACAAGCUUAAGGCUGAACAAGCUGCAUUUGUGACAAAUAACAAGGUUUUGGGCACUUCGUCGUCUGUGGCCAAUGACAAGGUUGUGGCUGAUACUCCUCAAUCUGUGGCUAUGAUAAAUUCCCAAUGUCGUCGGCCUGAUCAGACCCCGGUUAAUGUUUGCCACAAAUGA